CCUACCGUCUUCUUAUAAUUCCCGUUUCACGCACCACCCGGCGUCUCUCUCUCUCUCUCUCUCUCUCUUUUCUCUGUGCGGACGCUCUAGGGGAGAGGGAGACAGAUGACGACGAUCGGAACAGGUGGAGGGUGGUGGUGAUAUCUCUCUCUCUCUCUUCUGUAGGUUGUGGACUGUAGUUUUAGGGAGCACACUCUGGGGAUUGUGGCCAUGGCGAGGAGGCUCGAGGAGGAGUACGACUACCUGUUCAAGAUCGUUCUGAUCGGCGACUCCGGCGUAGGCAAGUCCAACCUUCUGUCGAGGUUCACGCGGAACGAGUUCUGCCUGGAGUCCAAGUCCACCAUCGGCGUCGAGUUCGCCACCCGCACCCUCCAGGUUGAAGGAAGGACUGUCAAAGCUCAAAUAUGGGACACAGCUGGCCAAGAACGAUACCGUGCAAUUACCAGUGCAUAUUAUCGUGGUGCUCUUGGUGCACUUCUUGUUUAUGAUGUGACUAAACCAACCACCUUUGAGAAUGUUGGCCGGUGGUUGAAGGAGCUUCGUGAUCAUGCUGAUUCUAACAUUGUCAUCAUGCUCAUUGGUAACAAAACUGACCUCAAACAUCUUCGUGCUGUUGCUACUGAAGAUGCACAGACGUUUUCUGAGAAAGAAGGUUUGUCAUUCUUGGAGACAUCUGCUCUUGAGGCAACAAAUGUUGAGAAGGCUUUCCAGACAAUCCUCUCAGAAAUAUACAGGAUCAUAAGUAAGAAAUCUAUUUCCUCAGAUGAGCCUGGUGCAUCCACUGCAUCAGCUGCAGGCAUAAAAGAAGGAAAGACUAUUGUUGUCGCUGCCAACCAAGAGCCUGCCACAAAGAAAGCAUGCUGUUCUUCGUGAUGAUAGGCAGACUAUCAAGAUCGCAUGAUCUUAAAUUUCAUCGAGUAAUUCUGAUCUUGAAUUUCACUGCGUCGAAUUACUCAUCCUUGUCGGCUUUCGCUUUUAAUUGUGAUCUUGUAUUGAUCAUGGUUAUGAGCAUAUGGGGCUGUGAGCCUGAAUGGUGUGUAUCUUAUUUUUCUUGGAUUCGUCUGUAUUUUUAGCAAUCAUAUUUGUGGUUAAAUAGGCGAUUACAAAGAGUUACUGUCUUU